CAACGCUGCACGUGACGCACGCGAAGGAAGGCGAGAGGGACUGCGCCGCCUGGUGCGGUACAGGGUCCGGGGAGUCUAUGUCCCCAACGGGCGGUUCGGCGGGAAUGCCAAACUUCAGUUUGAGCGGGGUCCCGAGCCAAAGGGGUUAAAAUAAGCUCUCCCUCCACUUCCCGCCGCCGUAUAACGUCCAUCCCGCUAGCCAUGGGCAGCCGUGAUCACCUGUUCAAAGUGCUGGUGGUGGGGGACGCCGCAGUGGGCAAGACGUCCUUGGUGCAGCGAUAUUCCCAGGACAGCUUCAGCAAACACUACAAGUCCACGGUGGGAGUGGAUUUUGCUCUGAAGGUUCUCCAGUGGUCUGACUCAGAGAUGGUGCGCCUCCAGCUGUGGGAUAUUGCAGGGCAGGAGCGCUUCACCUCUAUGACCCGACUUUACUAUCGGGAUGCCUCUGCCUGUGUUAUUAUGUUUGAUGUUACCAAUGCCACUACCUUCAGCAACAGCCAAAGAUGGAAACAGGACUUGGACAGCAAGCUCACACUGCCUAAUGGAGAGCCGGUGCCCUGCCUGCUCUUAGCCAACAAGUGUGAUCUGUCCCCUUGGGCAGUGAGCCGAGACCAGGUUGACCGGUUCAGUAAAGAGAAUGGUUUCACAGGUUGGACAGAAACAUCAGUCAAGGAGAACAAAAAUAUUAAUGAGGCCAUGAGAGUCCUCAUUGAAAAGAUGAUGAGCAAUUCCAGAGAAGAUAUGUCUUUGUCCACCCAAGGGAACUACAUCAACCUGCAGACCAAGCCCUCUUCCAGCUGGGCCUGCUGCUAGUAGCGCUUGGCUUGUUUUCCCUCCCAGUUCCAGGAGAUCCUUCUCUUCCCUUUGGUUGCCCACCCAGCAGUUUUACUAAGUACAUUUGAACUGUCUGCUGCUGACUGUCCAGUAAGGAGGGCCAUCAUCACUAAGAAAAGACACGUGGGACCCAUGGACGUUUCUGCUGCCUCUCCUGCAAGUUGCCUGUCACUUGCUGCUGGCUCACGGGGACCAGCAGUGCCUUCUGUCCAAAAAAGAUCAUCUCAUCUCUCAAUUUGUGAUCUGGGAUUUUGUGGGAAGGAUUAGAAAUCAGCAUCUGUGUUUUACGGAUCAUAAUUCUCACCUACUUUUGAGCAUAUUUUUCCAUUUGAUGUAUAUUGAUAUCUCAAUCUGAUAGGACUUCAGAUUGCAAGGAAAAUGAGAUCAAAGGUCAUUUCCCAAAUUCCUUGUUGAUCAUUGCUUUCAGAUUCUUUCUGUCUUGGACUUUGAAUUUAAACACCUGAUUCUGAGAUACAGGAGAAGUGGGGCUGGAUAUCUAUGGGUUUAGGGCUACUGGAGGUAAACCAAAAGUCACUAUUUUUUUAAGCUUCUCAAGUCAUAUUAGCUUUCUUUUGUCUUGGUUUUAAGAAUAGUUAAGCUUUUAAAUGAUCUGUCUUUGGUGAGAGCAAUUCUUUCCCCAAAAAAUUAAUUCUCACUUUAAGGUUUUCUAGUGUCUCUCUCCCAGUGGGAUGGGGACAGGGUUUGCAGGUUGAUGUCUUGCCACGUAAUGCUGCAAGUGACAUCAGUUGGCCGUGGUACCCUGAACUAGGUCUAUUCCUCACAGCUCUGAGUCUGAAUGGAAGAAGAGGGUCAGGUUAACAGAACAAAAUCCUAUGGGGCAACUUGCUUAUGAGCACUUUGGGUGGCUAGCACUUAACAGCCAUAGAAAAUAAAUAUUAUGUAUAGACCUUUGCCUGGGGGUAGAGAGUAGAUAGACAGAAAAUCAUUAGGUAAUUUAAGUGCUAAAUUGGGUAGAGUUUUUAGUAUCAAAUCACUUCUAGACAGUUUAAUUUGUUAAAUUCUCACAGGAUGGUGAUUUAUAACCUGCCCAAAGUUAUGAAUAUUCUUAGUGAGCUCAGGCUUAGAGCUCUUUGAGAGACACUUACCUAAAAAAGUGUUCUAAGUCAGUGGUUCUCAAAUCUGACUAAUGAGAACCACCUGGGAAGUUUGUUUAACGAUUUUAAAAUAAAAUGUUUUAAGAUUUCUGUUUCCCAACCUCAAACCUACUGAACCAAGAUGUCCAGGGAUGAAGCUUGGGGAUAUGUUGUUGUUGUUUUUCAGAGUUUCCCAGGCAAUUCUGAUCAGCCCGGUUGGUUUGGAAACCCUUGCUGGAGAACGUGUUAAAGAUGCAGAGGCCCAGGCCUUCCCUGGGCUUCUGUAGGCUCCGUUAAUUCUCCAGGUGAUUUUGACACACACCAGACUUUGAAAAACACUGUCCUAAGAGAGAUCAGAGGCCAAAUAUCAGAGCCUUCGGUGGUUUGUUUGUUUUUAAUGCCAAUUGUUAUAAAUUUUGCACAAUCUUCUGAGACCUUCAGGUUCUCUUUUGUAUUACUCUUUCCAGGUAGGGUUUUUAUUACAAUGAUUCUGAAAAUAAUAGUGGAAUAACAAGUUCUCUGUGAAAAUAAAAUUGAUUUUUAUUCACUGGUUUGAACCCCUGAAAAAUCACAAAUAAAUGGGAAAUAAGUAUUGUA